GGUAUUGAUACGCCAUGUAAAUUCGAUUUUAUUACUUUGUAUUAAGUCCUGUCUCUUAAAACGUAGUGAUUAUAUUCUCUUUGACAAUUUACAGACAAUAGAUGAAUUGUCAUUUUAAUUUACGAGUAAAGUUUUGCUUAUUUGAUUUAGCAAAAAGUCAUCCAAGGUGAUCAUUUAGGGAUUUAUACAACGUCUAAAACCUCGUCAUGGCUUCGAGCGAGGUGACCAAGCUGCAGCAGCAUCUAGCGCUGCUGAAGGAGGAAUAUGGGAAACUUCAGAGCCACUGUGCCGAAGUGGAGCGAAAGUACACCUUGGCAGCGGCUUCCGCCGGUGACCUGAGUGAGACGAGUUUCGUAGCACGACUGCUCAUGACUGUAGCCACACUUUAUGGCAGGGAAACAUACUCCGAUAUCAAAAUUAAGCUGCAGAACAAGUCUAUGCCUGGCCACAAGUUUGUUUUGAAUGCUAGAUCUGAUGAUUGGAAUGAAGCAGCUUUGCGUAAUCUGGAGGAACUAGAUUGGUCAACACUUCCGGAUGAAGUGGGCUCAGCUUUGCUGAAAUGGCUGUACACUGAUGUGGUGGACCUAAGCCGGGGAGACAGUUUUGCUAUGCAGUUGAUGAAAUGCGCCGCCGGUUUCAAGUUACAUGGGUUAGUUGGGAAAUGUGAACAGGCCCUUAUUGCAUCUGUUGGAGUUAGAACCUGCGUGAAAUUUUAUUCGGCUGCAGAUGAAAUUGGAGCAACUGCACUCAAGGAGCACUGUUCAGGUCUUAUAUCUGCGCACUGGGAUGAUCUAACAGGUGAUGAUUUCGCUCACAUGUCAUCCGCACUGCUAUACCGCAUGUUGAAGAGCAAGACUCCGCAGCCGCUGCACGGCGCCGUGCGUCUCAUGCGGGAGGACGUCGUGUUCCUGUGCCUAGUCGAGAACCACGCUAACAUGACAGAUAUAGUGAACGCGAUGUCAUCACGGGGUGAACUUCCGUUAGAGCUGGCCCUGCGCGGACGCAGCUCGUCCAUAGCGACGACUCUGUUGCAACACUGCGCUGACGCAGACGCGAGGGGCCCUCGCGGCAGGACUCUACUGCACAGGGCUAUCGAUGCACGAGAUGCAUUUUCGGCCAAGUUCCUCGUCACCAAUGGUGCGGACCCCAAUCUCACCACAAAAGAAGAGAGCGACACAGCUUUACAUCUCAUAGCAUCACUAACGGCCAGCUCGUGCGAUGAAGAAACGAUGGAACAAAUGGCGGAAAUCGCUGAAGUAAUGAUACAGAAAGGCGCAGAUAUAAACAGACAGAAUAGGAAAGGAUUCACACCACUCCACCAAGCUGUGAUAUCAAGAAACAUGAGGAUAUUCGACUUGUUACUGAAACAACCAACGCUGGACACGAACCUGAGAACACUGAACGACGAGCACCCGCCCCUAUACUACGCCCUCGUCGACGACAGACGAGCUUCAAUCUCGUCAAGCGAGACUUUAGUCAUGAACGGUUCGAAUCCCUUCGACACGCCUGUGACGAAUAAGAACGCGUUUACCGAAGACCCAGUGGAAGGGAAGACGGAAAGUGUCGUCGAAAGAGGGUUUGCGGCGAAACUGUUGGAGAAGGGAUGUCAGCCUAACCCGACGUAUUCUGGAUCUGGAGACAGUUUGCUGCACAUACUGGCUCAGGGGUGGUUUGAAGAUUCAGCAGUGUUCCUAACCACUCACUUGAACGGCGAGUUGAACCACACCAACGAGGCCGGCUUGACCGCUCUGCACGCGGCUUGUGCCAACGGACUGGCUCGACUCACUACCGCGUUACUGGAGAACGGCGCACGACCGAACUUGCAGACGUCAUAUGGUGAACAGGAGGACACUGUUUAUAGACAAACGCCAUUACAUCUCGCAGUAUUAAACAAUCAUGAAGGCGCGGUACUGGCGAUCAUUGAGCACAAGAAGCUGGUCGAGAAGGGAGACCUUCCCUCCACGGACCGUAGCAAUGUCAGCUUAGUGCCCAACCUGAACCUUAAGAACUCAGAGGGAGAUACAGCUGUCAGUCUAGCGCUUACUGAAGGACACAAGAACUUAGUGGCUCCGUUGAUCGAAGGUGGCUCUGAUCCCAAUAUACGCAAUGGGAAAGGCUUUACUCUGUUACACCAAGCUAUUGUCGAGGAAGAUUCUAGAACCGCCAUCUACUUAUUAGAUCAUGGCGCUGACAUGAAUGCUUUGACGGAAGCAGGCGAAACGCCAUUGCAACUGGCAAUACAUUGCCGUUUAGGUUUGGUCGUGGAAGCGUUGUGUGUACGCGGUGUGGAUAUGAGCCGGUUGGACGCGAACGGCGUUCCUCCAUUGUGGGCUGCUUUGGACUCUGGACAAGAGGAAGUUGCCAGCAUCCUCGUAAGAAACGGCGCAGACGCAGAUUGUUGGGGGACUGGUCCCGACGGAUGUCUGCAGACUUUGUUACAUAAGGCUAUAGACGAGAACAAGGAAACAUUAGCGACAUUCUUAAUCCGGUCGGGUUGCGACGUGGAGUCGCCGCGGCGGCUCGGGGCGGCGGGCGAGGGCGCCGACAUCGCCGGCGAGAAGCAGACGCCGCUGCAUCUGUGCUGCACGUGGGGGCUCACCGAUGUUAUACAGACACUCCUAGAACACGGUGCUAACAUAAACUCCAAGGACUCUGAAGGAAAGACGCCGCUUCACAUCGCAAUAGAGAACCAGCACGCAGCGAUCAUCACACUACUCCUGUCGCAGCCCGAUAUAGACUUAUCAGCUAGAGAUAAUAAAGGCGUGUCGCCCUUCGCCGCCGCGCUCAUAGCAAGAAAUAAUAAAGCCGCGCAAGCUAUACUCGAGAAGAAUCCUAAGGCAGCUGAACAGGUGGACAAAAAAGGUCGUAACUUCCUGCACGUCGCGAUUCAGACGUGCGACAUGGAGAGCGUAAUGUUCCUGCUGUCCGUCGAGGUGGACGUGAACUCGCGCGUGCAGGACUCCACGCUAACGCCGCCGCUGCACCUGGCGGCCGCCGCGGGGAACGAAGUGUUGCUGCGGAGUUUGCUGUUGGCCGGCGCUCGGCCCAAUGACAGGGACGCUCACAAACGCACGGCGUUACACGUGGCGGCGGGCGCGGGGCACGCGGCCAUCGUGUCGGCGCUGGUGAGCGGCGGCGCGGAGUUCGGCGCCGUGGACGCGGCGGGCGACAACGCGCUGCACGUCGCCGCGCGCGACGGACACGCCGCCGCCGCGCGCGCGCUGCUCGCCGACACCGAGAUCGACGCCGCCGCCACCAACCUCAAGGGACGCAAUCCUCUACACGAGUUGUGUUGGUGUAAAAAAGACAACGCAGCAACCAUUUGUGAAAUAUUUCUCGAGUUUAUGCCCGACUAUCCCAUCAAUAGGACUGACUUGCAGGGCAACACACCUUUACUAUUGGCGUACAUGAAUGGCCAAGGCGCAAUGUGUCGCGUGCUGGUGAAGGCGGGCGCGUGCCUCGCACAGGAGAACAAGGACGGCAUAUCGAUAUUCAACUAUCAGGUGGCAACGAAGCAGCUUCUCCACAGGCUGCUAGACUCGCUUCCCGCGGAGGCGCCGUGGGCGGAGAGCGAUCUCUGCCAGGAGUGCGGCACCAAGUUCACUCUUACCAUGAGAAAGCAUCAUUGUCGUCACUGCGGUAGAAUGUUGUGCAACAAAUGCUCGAGUCAAGACGUGCCGAUACUGAAGUUCGGCAUGAACAAGCCGCAGCGAGUCUGCGAGAUCUGCUUCAACGUGCUGCAGGUCGGCGCCAGUUAGUAAUGUACGCUACGAUUUGUGAUAUCACUUUUAUACGAGUACCAGUGACGUCAAAUGUUCUUUUAUUAUAUGUGUUAUCAGGUUAAAGGUAUGUAAAUACAGUUAACAAGGCAUGAGUUUUGUACAAUACAUGUGUCAUUUGGUUUAUCAUUGAGGUAGCCCUUCAUAGAUACAUUUACACAAAUUUUAUUUAUAGACUCUUCAAGUACUGAAUAUGGAUAUAGGUUUCAUUUAGUCAUUUUCUACUUGAUUCCUGUGUUUCACCGAUAAUAUUGUGUCUAAUACAAAUUAAAAGUAGAGUAUCCCUGAUACGUUGAUGGAGCACUGGUUCAUCAUUUCUCUAUAUUUACUUAUAUUGUAUCUACAAUGGAUCGGACCCUUAUUUUUGAUGCAGCUUUUAUAUCAGUUCGUAUGAAAAGAAAUAGCAUAUUUUUAUUUGAUGGGGUGCGUGAUACGUGAUGGCGCCAUUGUUGAGCACUCAUGUCUUCCUCACUGUAUAUACGCGUAAAUUCCCAAAAGGAUAAAAGUAGAACGGUAAAAAGCGUCGAACAUAAGCUGUCCACAAGAGGCUAGUUUAAAAAACUGCCGCGUGACUAAUGGAACUGUAGGGUGUACGCAGAAGCGUAGCGUUAGUGCUAGCUUUACCAGUCAGGUACAAACACGUUGAGAGAUUCUACUUUGGCCCACCAAAGUAGAAUCUCUCAAAACAACUAAUGUAACUGGUAUUUACUUCUAUUUGUUAUCCAAGUGAUAUUAAAAUUUUGGCCCAACCUAAAACAAAAGCAAAAACAGAAAAAACUUUUUGCUAUGCCUUUGUGUAAAUGCUACUGUUUUUAAAACAUAAGAAACUUUUUUAUUUUAUCUGGGCCUAUCACACCUUAGAACCGACUUAAAAUUAAGUUUGAUUUCAAGUAACAACUUAUACCGACUGAAAUGGGGUGACCUGACUAAUGACAAUGAUCUACCAUAUUUAUUCUUUCAAUUAUUGUCUACUUAAUAUUUGUAGGUUCAUAUGUAUCACACACAUAGAGAAGGAACUGGCCCUCUAGAAUGUGGAAUGAAACGACACGACCGUCUAUGUAGAUUAAUUGUGAUUGGUCGUGUUUGCAGCAUGUGACUUACUCAUCAUAUCUCGACCGAUCACAAUAAUCACACUUGAACGACAGGGACGGUCUAGUUUUGUGUCUUAUGCCAUAUUAUUCUAGGUGGAUUCAAAGGAUCAUAAAACGCUGUAAAAUGAAUAUAGGUCAGAAAAGUAAGAUUUUUUUAUUCCGAGGUAUUGCUUAGUAUGUUCUCUAUAUCUGUGGUUCAUAUAUUUAGAAUUUUUGGAAUAAUCACAAUUUUUUUUCGCCGCCAUUCCGUCCAUCACGUCUACGUAGACGCUUUGGACCUUCUCCAAGUUGACCAACCAAAAUGCAUUCUAUUAAAAUAAACUUGUAUAAUAGUUAAAUGACUAAAUAAUUAGUAUGGCAUAAUUCGAACACAUUAAUUUUAUCAUCAAUCACAUUAAAAUUAGACACGAUAUUCAAUCCAGUUUAGUUCAGGUUACUCAUGAAAAAUUGUGAUAGGUCUAAUUUUAACAGUGUGAAACUCAUUGUAACACAUUGUAAGUAUGUGUGUAUGGCAAUUUAAAUUAAAAUUUAAGACAAUACUUUUAUAAAAUGCACUUCGCUUACCUAUAUGUAGGUAUAUUAUGUUUUUGUGUUGUAUAUCCGUAAAUUUUUUAGUAUUGUUGCUGAGAUUAAAUUAAUUCAUAACACAUAAAAUGAAAUUUUAAAUAUAUUUGUAAGCAUAUACUUAAAUUAAUGAUCACAAUUUUUGUUUACUUGCAAAGUAUAAUGAUAAUGCUUAGUAUGUAACCUUCAAGCGAGCGCGUCCAUUAGGUGUAGGCAUUGAAAAAUCUAGUGUCUCAAAACUUUGAUUUACUGAAAAUUAUGCCAAAGUCUGAGCGUGCUUUUAUUUCCUUUAUAGCUUUAAUAUCUAUUAUUUCUAUUUUAAUACACAAUGUUCUAUUGUUAUGAAUUUGAAGCGUAAGCAUAAAUGUAAUGAUGUGAAUAAUCGGUGAUGCUUUCCAUCGAAUUAAAGUUUUAGUACGCAUGGAUGAUUUUUGGCGAUCACAUCGAUUAUUAAAAUGGCUUAAAUUUGUAUAAGUACAUAUUUGUGCUUUUUAGUUUAAAAGUCAAUUUCUCUACAUACCUUAGUUAUAGAUUUUAGACUCUAAAUGUAUUCCUUUAAACCUAGAGCAUAAGAUUGAUCCCUUGCAUUUAUAAUGUCCAACUUAUUUGAUGACACGCUAAAAUACGGGCUCAUUUUGGCAAAUACAUUCCGGAAAACAUUGUUAUGGUUAUGUGGAAAUAAACAAAAUUUUAUAUUCUUUUGACGUUAAAGUGCCAUUUCAAUUGUUUGUGAUGUUCCCAUGCUUAAAAUCUUAUUUUGGAGAGCUGUUUCUAUUAUAAAAUUAUUAUAAUUUACGUUCUUCAAAACUUUAUAUAUUUGCUAUAAUAAAAAGUUACAAUAUACGA